AUGGCGGCCCUAGCCUUCAAGGCCAUCAGCUACGGCGCAGAGCAGAUUCCCGACAGCUUCUUCCACAAGUUACCCGGCGGCUACUUUGCACCCCCAGACUCCAAAGAGGGCAAGAAGAGAGGCAAGCACCUGAACCGCAACGAACGAGACGCAAGACAACGGCACCGGAGCGAAGACCGGUCCAGUAAGCGCAGCUCCCGGCAAGAGCGCAGCCCGCCGACAGAGUACUCUGACUACACCGACGACACCGACUACGAGCGCGAACGCGAGCGCCGAAAGAGGGAGCGACGACGCGCAAAGAGCACGGGAACCACUGCUAGUAGGAGUCUGAGUCGCGGACGCCACGGGAGACACAGCAGCGACCUGGACGGGCAGCACAGCGAUUCACGAGACAUGGCCUCACCUCAGCAGGGACAGCCUUACUUCCCUCCUCCGCCCACUUCCGAAUACAAGCCCUAUAAUCCGCAGGAAUAUGCACCGAGCCCCGUGCAGGACCGCCGCCCUUCUGUCACUCCAGCCUACGGAUACUCUCCUCAGCCACCACCUACAGAGCCGCGCAAUGUCUCGUUAGAUUAUGGCCAGUACGAUGCGCCCCGAAGCUCUAGAUACGCUCCCGGCCCCGGCUACGCUCCUUCGCCUGCCGUAGAUGCGCCUAUCCCUCCUCCGCCAGUGGGAUCAAACUCCCCUAUGAACCCUUACCACCACACCGAGUUCCCUGCGAGCGGCGCUGGCUACCAGCCAUCUCCCCCGCCCUUCAACCGUCAGCGCUCCAACUCUCAGCCUACUUUCGCGCCUGUGCCCAGCGCAGUCUACCCGACCUACGUGCCCCCAUCUGCUGAACAGUCGAUGGCCGCAUACACCGACACUCGCUCCUCCCGCCGUGAGAGUACCAAGCCUCGUCGCGAACAUCGCCACAGGGCUAGAUUUGACGGCAUGGAUCUGCGCGAAAAGAGUUUGGCGGCUUCGGUGGGAGGAGCAGCUGCGGGUGCGUUGGGUGCCAGGCAGAUGGCGACACGCUCGAGAAGCGGAAGCGACCGCCACUCCAAGUCCCGCUCUCGCUCCCGAUCACGGACGCGUGCGCAUGACCGCGAACGCAGCAAAGGCCCCAGCCUCCGUGCUAGAAGCCGCAGCGUGAUAGACCGCCUCCGUUCCAAGUCGCGUGGACACGACGAUCGCGACGCGCGAAAGGAUGACAGGCGCGAUCGCGAUCGCCGUCCAGAUCACGGAUACGACUAUGGUCGCGAUGAUUACGACUACUUCAGCAGCGAUUCUGAGGGUGAUGGCAGCCCUGUGAAAACGAGGCGCCAUCGCAGGAGGGACUAUUAG